CUGGCUUUGCGUUGAGUGGUGUCCGUCCACGGCCGGCGUUAUCUAAACAGAGGCGCGGAGCGGCGAAAGAUGAUCAUCGCCACCGGCACCGACUCCAGCUCCGACGCGCUCUGUCCCUCUCCUACUCCUGCUCAGAUCCCGGGCUAUGGGGCCUUGAUCUGCCUUCCCAAAAUAAGCCUUCACCACCAUGCCAAAGGACUACAGAUAAGAACAGUUGCAUUUUUCGGGCAGGUAACUUUAACCACGUGCCCCAAAGGUAACGCGGACGGCCGUUGCGCAGAGGCGCCUCUCCAGCAUGUCCAACGGGGCCAGGACGCACUGGACGCUGCCAGCACUUCUUCUGUGGACUUGUCUUUUGGGAAUCGUGGCGUCUUUUCCUAUCCCGAGCAGGACUAACGCGACUUUAGUGGAAAAGAAAUGGGAGACCCUCUUCUCCCGCUCCUAUCUCGGCAUAACGGGCGGAAAAGCGGAGCUGAACUGGCAGAGUGACUAUUUGCAGGGCAUCAAAAGAGUGCGGCGACUUUACUGCAACGUGGGCAUUGGGUUUCACCUGCAGGUCCUCCCGGAUGGCAGGAUAAGCGGUGCACACAAUGAGAACCAAUACAGUCUAAUAGAGAUCUCCACCGUGGACCGAGGAGUGAUCAGCAUGUUCGGGGUGAAGAGUGAGAUGUUUGUCGCAAUGAACAGCAGGGGAAGGUUAUACGGGACGAAAGUCUUUGUGGACGAGUGCAAGUUCAAGGAGACUUUGCUGCCCAACAACUACAACGCCUAUGAGUCUUUUGUUUACAAGGGCUUCUACAUUGCCCUCAGCAAACAUGGCCGCGUAAAGAGAGGCAACAAAGCCACCACCGCCAUGACUGUCACACAUUUCCUCCCCCGGCUAUGACUGACACUGGCAAUAACUAAUUUGCACAUAUGGAUGUUCUUCCAGGUAACAUAGAAUGCAUAAUCAGAAUAUAAACACAUAUGGACUGUGGGGAAAAAAAACUAUAUUUAUUCUGUUUGUAUAUAGAUAUAUGUAUAUUUGGAAAGCUGUGUUUGUAUAUAUGCCAUCUUGUGCUGCUUAUUUUUAUGAGUUAUGAGAGAGGUUGUGGGAGUGAUGCCCUGUCUCACUUUACCGUGGUGCUUGCUGGAACUGAACUGUAUGUCUCUUAAUUAUUUUUAUUUAAUUUUUUUUAAAGAAGGAGGAUAACCUCCAUGCUGUGCUUCUAAAGACUGAAUGAAUAUGUUUUAUUACCUCAAAGAACCACUGCAAUAGAUUAAGGAUGCAUGAACAUUUGCUGAAAUAUCUAAGUUUAUCAUUUUGUGAAAA